ACAUUGUCCGAUUUAGAAUGUGAUUACAUUAAUGCUAGAUCAUGUUGCUCCAAAUUAAACAAGUGGGUCAUUCCCGAACUGAUCGGCCACACCGUCGUCACCGUGUUAAUGCUCAUCUCAUUGCACUGGUUCAUCUUCCUUCUCAACCUGCCCGUUGCCACUUGGAAUAUAUAUCGGUUCAUUAUGGUGCCGAGUGGUAACAUGGGCGUGUUCGACCCGACAGAGAUCCACAAUCGGGGUCAGCUGAAGUCGCACAUGAAGGAAGCCAUGAUCAAGCUUGGUUUCCACUUGCUCUGUUUUUUCAUGUAUCUUUACAGUAUGAUCUUGGCUCUGAUAAACGACUGAGGCUGCGGGCGCCGCGUCCGGAGCCGGCCCACACCACCGUGCGUCGUCGGGGAGCCAGAGACCACGUGGAUCAUCCUGAGAACCGUGACCA